AUGCCAGUUCCUCCUCCACCCCCUCCUCCUCUUCCUGGUCCACCACCCCCACCUCCACCUCCACCUGUUUCUGCACCUCCACAGCUGCCGUCAGACUCCCCUAAAUUCCACAGUCCAGAGGGAGGGGGGCGUAGUGCACUGCUGGCUGAUAUACAGAGGGGAGCGAAGCUGAGAAAGGUCACACAGGUCAACGACCGCAGUGCUCCUGCACUGGACAAACCCAGAGUCAAUAGCAGUGAGGUGUCUGGAGGCAGUGGGAUUGCGGGUGUUUUGGGGGGGGCAGGUUCCGGCCUGGGGGGGCUGUUUGCUAGUGGAUUUCCUGUGCUCAGACCCACCAGGCACAGAGAGAAGAGCUCUGAACACAACCCAGUCUCUCGGUCUGGCUCGUCUGCCAGUCUAAAACAGCCGCUAUGGAACACACCGUCAGCUGGCAACGGUUUCCGUGGCAGCGCUCCUGAUCUCUCCCCGUCCCAUAAAGCUCUAGAGAGACGUCCCUCCCACUCUACUCCCACAGUGACAACACCUCCUUCACCCAGCCAAUCCACGCCUCCUUACUCCAGACCUCCUUCCUCAACACCUCCUCCACCACCUCCUUCUGUCAUGCAGGAGCGACCAGCCAACAAACCUCCUCCGUUGCCCACAUGUCCUCCCCCACCACCUCCCACCCAGAUCACCAAACCCACCUGGCUCCCGGUCCAAUCACACGCCAUCCCCAUGCCGUCAACCCCUCCACCUCCACCUCCCUUGCCUCCCUCUGCUCCCCCAUCCUCCCUCCAUGAUAGGUUGUCUGGGUUCUUUUACCCUCCUCCAGCAGCCGUCUCUGACUCCACAAGGAGCAGUCCACUCAGCCCUCCACCUCCUCCACCUCCUCUCCCUGUUUCCUUCACUCCCAGUAGCCCCUCCUCUCUGCCACCACCCCCACCCCCUCCCAAAAUGCCAGCAGUGCCCUCAGCCUCUCUCAGGCCUGGUGUACCCCCUCUGCCCCCCUCGUACCCCUGCAACGCUCCCAGCCGACGCCCGCCCGCUGUGCCCAGGAGUGCAGGUGCUCCACGGUUGGCCCCUCCUCCUGCCCCACCUGCUCGUUCUCCUACAACUGAGCUCUCCAGCAGGAUCCCACCUCCACCUCCUCCACCUCCUCUCGCGCCACCCAACUCUUUAUGGAAUGGACAUCUGCUUAGCCUAGAUGACUUUGAAUCCAAGUUUCAGUUCCACCCAGUAGAUGACUUUCCUCCUCCAGAUGAGUUCAAGCCUCUCCCCAGAAUCUACCCCAGUAAAGAGCAGAGAGGUACCCCUAAACCUCCGGCCAUAAGAACUCACUUACGGUGA